GCAAUCCCGGCCAUCGCAAUCCUAUUCCCGGCGUCAUGUACAGUUAUUCCUCCAUAUCAGCCGUUUGACCUACUGAACGGAAGUUGAAGAGCUGCUGCUGAUAUUAUGGACGGAAUUCCAAAAUGAACUGAAGUUAAUUUAUUUGAAAAGAAGCGCUGCGCGGAAGUGGAGGUAUGUUUUUCUCUUCAGGUGCGCAGCAUUGGUGGACAAGGGCGUGGAUGUAGCAAUGGUGCUGGAUCUGGGUGAGAACUGCAUGGAGCAGGCUAAUGGAGGAGGGCUCGCAAAGAAUGUCUCAGAAAUGUUAGAACCAGAGCCCAGCACAGAGAAACCCAAACCAGUCAGAGCCAGGACCAGCAGUAUCACCCAAAGAGACAAAUCGACCCACAAUGGGCCUCACACGCAGCCUUGUACCACUUGGGAUGGCUGCUCCCAGGUUCAACGAAGACUCCAGAAGACAGAAGGUAGAAAUAAAGGAGAAUCUGCGCAGCCAAGGGAACCUUCCAAACCGCCACCUUGUCGAAGGCCACUUAGUCUGGAAAUAAAACCACAGCGAAUUAGAGCAACGCAGCCAGUGCAGAAGGUGAUGCAGCCACCGUGGCGUAGUGGUGGCCCUUCUCCACCCAUGCGAAGCUUGACAAGCCUUAGUUUGGGGCCAGGGAACUGGCUUCGCCGGAGUGAGAGCACAUGCACAAUGAACUCCACGACGCCCGCAUGUGCUGGCAGGGGUCAAAUGAGACCUGCAACCUCCUUGCCACAUAUUGCCAGGGGUAUCGCUCCACUUCCUUCACCAUCAACACCUCGUGGGCCGUGCCUGCUUGUGGCUCUUCGUCCCGUAAACCUGGAACAGGAGCGUCAGACCUUUUUUCAUUCUAACUAUCAAUAUGAGCCCCAGUUUGAGUAUGCCUCCCCAGAGCCUGUCAGUGUUUUGGAGAAGUACAGAGAGGGAUCCAGUCUCUUUCUGUCCCAGGCAGUUGGGAUUAUGGAGUGUGUGCUGAGGAAGUAUGAGACCUAUGAAAACUUUGAAGAAGUCACAGGGGGCAGCUUGCUACCUAAGAGUCAAGUGUGGGCAGCCACACGCAAGUACCUACAGAAGGAGGGCUGUGUUGGUGAGGUGGUUGUAAGUCUCUCCGAUGAGCUUCUGUCCCAGGCAGUAAUGAUGGUGGAGAGAUGUCGACCAACACUAACUAUUAACUUGUCAGGAGCACGGCAACACUGGCUUGAGGGCAUGCUUAGACACGAGAUUGGCACACAUUACUUACGGGGUGUGAAUAACAGCAUGCAGCCAUGGGCCACUUCUGUUGGGAGAAAGCAGUUUGGACUGAAACCAGCUAAUCCUACUGAAGAGGGGCUUGCUAGUCUUCACAGUGUGUUGCUACGGAAACAGCCCUUCCUGUGGCGAGCCGCUCUGCUAUACUAUACGGUAUACCAUGCCACAAACAUGAGCUUCAGCCAACUGUUCAGCCAUAUUGCUCGCUUUGUCCAAGAUCCUGCUGUACGCUGGGAAUACUGCCUCCGCGCUAAACGAGGACAGACAGAUACCUCGAAACCAGGUUGCUUCAGUAAAGAUCAGGUCUACCUUAAUGGAAUUUUAAGGAUUUUACGCCACAGGAGAAACAUUGAUUUUAAGAUAUUAACCGCUCUUGGCAAGGUUUCCUAUGAAGAUGUGGACAGACUUCGGCAUUUGGCUGUUCUAAAUGGAACUAGGAUUCCUCACUUCAUGCAGGAUGAAGAACGUUAUCUUCAACACCUUGACCACAUUGUCACAGUGAAUGAACUGAGCGAUGCAGAGCUUCAAGAGCUCAUUCCAUGAAGAGUUGCAAAAAAAGUAUCAAAACCAUUCAGUUUUUCCAGGCCAAAAAAACGGUGUCUGCAAAAUUGUGAUUUUACAAGCAACUGGUUGAUAUAAUUUCGGAUGGUUUUUCAUGAAAACGUGAUCCAUGAUGAUCAUCCAUAAAAAGUAUUACAAACAGCAUCCAAUGAUUGAUGUGGUAAUUUGCUACAUUAAGUGCCAUACUCGGUAAGUCUGUUUACAAAUACAAUGAUUGUCUGUUUUAAAACCAUAUGACUCUCAGGCAUGAAAGACAUGUUUGGAUUCUUGCAAACCCAAGGUAUGUUCGGAAUGGCAUACUACCAUACGCAUACCAUUUUUUAAAAUAUACUGUGCACAGUAUGCAAAUAUUCUGAAUACGUCAUGAAUUAUGUCGUACAUUAUGCCAAAGUGUGCAGUACUGUAAUGCAGUGGGCUUGACUUGACCUUGUGUUUCCAGUGUUACGACUGAACCAAAAGCAGUAUCAACUGUCAUUUCUCUCUCAACUGAUUAGCUGAUCAGACUGAACAAAAUAAGAAAUGCAAAAUAGUUGUAAUUAUUUCAGAGUUGACAAUUGGAUGUCGUAUGGAUUUUAACAUGCAUCGUAGACAACAGAAAAUUGCUUAGUAUACUGUUUUUAAUCAACUACAUUGUAUGCGGUACAGUAGUAUUCCAUUCCUAACACCACCAUAUUCACGAGAAGCUGAAAGAUGGUCAUGUAGCAUUUUAACUGCACUCAUAAUGUAAUGGGCACAUCCCAUCAUGCUAAUUAAUGAUAUCACACACAAGGCAGAGCUAUUCGAGUACUAAAUCAAAUGAAUUCCCGGUUGAAAAAAACAGCAUAUGCUGGUUAGGUAUGUU